GACGAGGACGACAUGAAGUGGACUCAAUGCGUACCUGUCAGUGAUGCGCUGACACAUAAAGAGCUUCCGGGAUGCUGUCCAGAGGUUAUUUGUCCAAAUAUGACGAUUGAAGACGGCAUACCUGACCCCAACUACUAUGAAGCGGAAGUGACACGGGAUGUGUGCAAGCACCAAGACCGAUACUUCAGACACUCUAUACAAUCUCCGACGUCUCCUUGUGAGCUGUGGACUUGUUUGCCUGACUUCGGCCAAGUAAAGGUUACAAGGUGUCAACAAAUCGAACAGGACCUCGAACCCUAUUGUACUUGGGAAGCUAGAGCAUCAAAUCGACCAUUUCCAGAAUGUUGCAAAAAGAAAGUAUGCCGUUGGUAUUACCCUACGCAGUUUCCUGGCAUGCCUGCCCUUCCAUUUAGCUCUACAAGGUAAACGUGAUAGUAUGAAACACGGGAGACCAUAGUUGUGUAGGUUGAGUAGAUGUGCGGUUUAAAAUAAAGAAACAAGAUUG